AUCUUCAUCAGGCUGAUUAAAAAAUGCCAUCACUUCAAAUCCUGUGCCUGCUGUCAAUUUUGGCAACAAGUGCAACUUUAACUUCUUCCACUGGAUCAGAGUUUGUUGCUGCAGUAUAUGAGCAUGCCUUUGUCAGGGCCCAAAAUAGAACAAACGUCCUCUCCCAGCAAGAAGCUGUGGCAAUCGUCAUGCAGAACAUGGAUGUGUACGCGACCCAGAUGAAAAAAGCUAAACAGCAGAAUGCAAGUAUUAUUGUCUUUCCUGAAUAUGGCCUAACAGGCUUUGGCUACACUCGUGAUUCAUUUCAGCCAUUUUUAGAAGACAUCCCAGAUCCAAAGAAGACCAGUUGGAAUGCUUGUGAAGAUCCACAAGCAAACAGCUCCAGUCCUAUUCUAUACCGCCUCAGUUGUCUGGCAAAAACCUAUGAUAUGUACCUUGUAGUAAAUAUGGGAGAUGUUAAGCCAUGCAAUAAAAGCACUGAUGAAAAUUGCCCCAGUGAUGGAAGAUACCAAUAUAAUACUAAUGUAGUAUUUGAUGACAAAGGCAAACUUGUGGCCAGAUAUCAUAAGCAGCAUCCUUUUUUGAAUGAAAUGAAAGUGGUUAAUCGUCCUCUUACACCUGAGUUCAUUACCUUUGACACACCCUUUGGUAAAUUUGGAACAUUUGUCUGUUUUGAUGCGCUCUUUCACGAUCCAGCAAUACCACUGGUGACCAAACACAAAGUUGACCAUAUUGUCUUUCCUACAGCAUGGUUUGAUGUGGUGCCUCUUUUUGCAGCCAUUGGAUUCCAUGGGUCAUGGGCCCGGGGAAUGCAGGUCAACUUUCUCUCUGCAAACUCGCACGUACCAGAGGUAUUAAACACUGGGAGUGGACUCUACAGCCCCACUGGUGCUAAAAAGUACUAUAGAAGCUUGUCUGCCAAUGGUUCCUUAUCUGUUGCCAACUUGCCCAAAUCACCAAGGGACAGACCUUCAGGUACUCCAGUGGUGAAUGCUACAAAGAUACAAGAAGGCAAUGCUGGUCAAGACUCAUUCUACUCGGACUUGUUCGGCGAUCUCUUUCUUUUCAAAGAGCUGAAGAAACCUGAAGGCACCUUGGAUGUGUGUUACAAUGGCAGUAGCAUUUGUUGUUCCCUUACCUAUGAGAUGGUGGAGAAACGUUCUGAUGAAAUGUAUGCGUUAGGUGUCUUUGAUGGACUUCACAUCCUAGAGGGACAAUAUUAUUUACAAAUAUGCACUCUUAUCAAGUGUCUGGGAUUGAACCAUAAUUCUUGUGGGCAGAGAGUAUACAAUGCAAGUACCAUUUUCAAGUCCUUCACACUGCAUGGUUCACUUGGUACACAGUAUAUCUAUCCACAGGUGUUAGCAGAUGGUGUAUCACUUCUGCCAGGAGAAUGGGACCACGGUGUACCUGUGACGCAUUUGCAGACCAAGCAGCAGCUGACAAAAGGGUUGUUGACUGCGGCCCUUUUUGGACGCGUGUAUGAAUUGGAUGAUGGCCCCAGACCAACCACACAUCCUAGUGUGGAAUCAUCUGCACCACAGAUCUGCAUCCAUGUUUUUUUUGUUGGCCUGUUGUCAGUGAUUGCAUAUUUUUGUGUUGAGAAGGAAUAAAAGUUGUAAUAAUUAUUAACAUGUGACCUCCCCCUGAAAUUCUGGACCCAGCAGGAUAAUGAUUAUGCAUUAUUGAUAUAAUAAUCCUCAGACUACUUCCCCAAACAGGCCAUGGAAAUUAAGUGGAAAUGAGAAGGCAAUUGAAGUAAACCCUUUAACUGCCAUUUGUGAUCAAGGCAAAAUUUCUCCUAACAAUAUCAAUACAAUAUAAAGCAGAAUAAAGAAUCACAUUUAAUAACCACAUAUGUGCUGUACAAAAAAGUUAAAAUGCUUCAAGCUGUGUUUGAGAAAUACAAUAAACAAAUGAAAUAUUUAUUUAAUGUAUUCCACAUUUUUAUUCAUUCAUGGUUAUCUGAUGUUGGAAGGGCCAGUCUCAAAUCUCUCUGAACAGGUACCAAAUUUUGAAAACGAAUUGGUAAAACACCUCCCCUGUGUAACGACACAACUGCUUCUGGCCUUUUUUCAGAAGCUUUUGGUACAGUGAUUUUUAAUGGAGAAUUUUGGAUGCU